AUGCCAGGCUCAAGCUCGGGAAAGAGAAGACUCCCGUUGACGUUCGGGGUCGAAAUCGAAUUCCUUUUCGGAAUCAGACGAGACCUCGAACGAUAUCCAGAAUAUUGGUGGUUACAAGUUCAGAAUCUCCGUAACAACAAGCCCUUCAAACUCAACCUGGAAGUCAUCAAUCAGGAGAUUCAGGAUUCCGACAGAUCAGCUGGUCUCCUUCAAGCCAGGACGAUUAUAGAGAAUCAUGGCGGGGAACUUUGGGUCGACAGCAAAACCACGCCUUAUGCUGACUGCUUUGACAAAUUCAGCUACUGGAUGAUUGUGCCAGAGGAGGCUGUUCUGGAUCCCAGGGACCCUUCCGAGCUCUUCCAGUGGUCUAAUGGAGCCCUGAUAGUGCAACGAGAGAGUCAAAUCUUCGAUGAAUGGGAUUGGACUGGCCUUGAACUCGUCUCCCCGGCCCUCCCCGUCCCCGACUUGGACCAGAAUCGACCGAACGGGUUGGUAGAGCUCACCGGCUACCUCAACUUGAUGAUAGCUGACCAGUCUCCCACAGUACCCUAUGUCUUCAUGGCUAACCCCAGAAACGCCUCUGUCCACGUGCAUAUCGGCAUGCAGCCGGAACCAGAAGGACAGGUAGACUUCCCUCCGGACUUUAUUCGCCAUCUUGCCUGGCUUUGCUUAGCAUUUGAGGAUACCAUCACUCUCCUCCACCAUCCCGAACGACACUCGUACCCAGAAAGCAAGAGUCGUAGCUAUGCCAACUCGAAUCGGAAGUACUUGCAUGCCGAGGGUGCAUCGCACCGCGUCCACUGCUGUCACCUGGGCAAGCCAUUCUCUGCCGAAGACACAUUCAUGAAGAUUUUCGACUACGAAAACUGGGAUGAGGACGAGGAUGAUAACAUCUUUCCCUUGCUUCGAGCACUAUCGUCCAAGAAGCUCACGUUUCGCGAGGGGAACCUUGACAUGGCUGACUUCAAUCGGUUCCUUUUCGUCAACUUUGAGAAUCUAGCAAUUGCCAUGGUGACCUCGGACCAUUCCAAGAAAACAAUCGAAUUUCGGCAGCAUCAUGGCACGCUCUCGGCUCGUGAGAUCAACGAAUGGAUCGUCUUUCUUACGGCGCUGGUCCGAGCUGGGGAACGAUUCGAGUCGCUAACGCCGGACGGCGAUGCGGCCGUGCCUCCGACGCUGAUGGCGAAGCUCAUGAAGAAGUACAAGGAUCCCAAGCAACGGGAUCGAGCUCUCGAUGAAGCGAAGAAGUACACUCAAAUUUGGCAACAGGACCGACGCUCGUUGAAGCAAUUGUUUGAUAUGCUUGAAUUACCUGUCCAUCGGAGGAACUACUGGUGGCAGAGGGCCAAGCAGGUCAGAGCCGAGCUCCACGAGCACUGGUCAGGCUGGGAGGAAGGUGAAUUAGAUGAACCCCCUUGGGACGGAGCUGACGACGAUGCUGAGUACGAGGAAGACGACAUCAUCAACGCCGCAAACGAGGUUGACAUGGAAGUCGACGAAAGUGUCCCCAUGGACAUCGACAGUGACGUGCCAGAACCAGAGGACUCGAUUCCUCGGCUCGACACAUUGAUGACAUCGAGCCCAGUCAAGGACGAUGCCGACGAUGUGCCUAUGGAGAUUGACGAUGAUAUCCCUUCUCCGGUCUAA